ACCGGUCACCACUUGAUUUACCACAUUGAAAAAGAAAAAUGCUUAAUUUUCCAUCAACCGGACGAAGCCGGUAACUCAAGUAAAAUCAGAUAUUCAUAGCCGUUUCUCACUCUUUUCUUCGUUUUCCUUUCUAUAUAAAUUGGCUUCGAGAGGUUGGGGCAGAUUCGUUUCACAUCAGCUUUUCGUUGGCUAUUCUUUUGGCCUUUCGGUUUCCUGUUUAUUUACGGCUAUAACUUUCAGGUUAUGGUAGAUUCUAGUGACCGGAAACCCGAGAGCCGUCGCCCCACUCCCGCUCUCGGUUUCCCCCGCAUUAGGUUCUUCCGUUACCGGCGCUUGAGGUAAUCGUUGACUCACGGCCACCCACUAAAAUACAUAAAAGAAAAGUUUUUUUUUCACUUUCUUUUUUUUGGAAUUAUUGUAUAAUAUUACACUCGAUAAUUUCAAUUCGAUGCCGAAUUCGAAAAAUAACCGUAAGGAACCGGAAAAGAACCGGAGGGGAAGGCUGUCUGAAAAGGCAUCAUCGUUUCACGGGAAAAUCCCGAUGAUGACACCGGCGGAGCUCAGGCGACCGAAUACGCUACCCGACCUACUUUCAGAGAGGACUGUUUCCAUCUCACUGGAUGCGAGGCCGAAGUUGACGAAGCUCCUAUUAAACGUGACGAUUCAAGGGAGCCUCGGGGCCUUGCAACUAGUGAUGUCGCCAGAAAACACUGUCGGCGACUUAAUAAUCGCAGCCGUUCGUCAGUACUCGAAGGAAGGUCGCCGACCGAUCUUGCCAUCAACGGACGCGUCGCUUUGCGACCUCCAUUACUCUCAAUUCAGCUUAGAAAGUUUGCAAAGGGAUGAGAAGCUGAUGGCGUUGGGAUCGAGAAAUUUCUUCAUGUGCACAAAAACGGCAGCGUCAAAGGACGGCGAGAGCAAAACGACGUCGUGCUCCAAAGAGGCGGAAAAGGUGACGAAGAGCAUUAUACCAUGGCUCAAAUUCAUGAAUUUCUAGUUUUAAUAAACAGGCAAUUUUUUGUUAUUUUGUUUUUGGUAUUGUAUUUUGUAAAAUAAGCUUGGAAUAUUUUUAAAUUGUUGUGGUUUUAGAUUUUGAAGAAUGCAACAUUGAGAAAAAAAAAAUUGCAUGUAGGGUUAAAAUUUUUCGUGAAGGAAUGAGAGUGUUUAAUCAUAAUCUCUCUUUUGUUUAAUUUGUUAUGAAAAAUUGGAAAUGUACAGUUUUUAAGACU